GCAAUACUGAGUGCAGUUCUUUUUAAAAAUGUUAAUUUGUUUCAGAUUUAGCCCCUGUGUAUUUUACUGCAGUGCUAACGCAGCUUAGCCGGAGUUCAAACCCGGUGAACGAUUUUAGGAAAAUGUUGCCCGGGAUCGGAGACACGAUUGCUGCUGUAGUUUUCCUCUGUGUGUCCAUGCAUGAUUAGCUGGACGGCUGAGCUCUCCUCAUGGGAGGCAGCAGAGGUUGAAAUGCAGGAUGAGAAGUCGUCGUGAUCGCCAUGACUCUGAGAGCCACACUGUUUUCAAGCACAGGGUUAAAGCAGGACACAGACACCAUUGACUUCAACAAAAGACAUUUCGGGGCCGCCACCGUGAGUCCUGUAAGCCUGAAGAGGGAGUCCAGAGACUUUAUUAUCGAUGUUCAAGACGUGCAUGGGGGCGAGAUCCCGAGCAAAUCUAAGGACUUAGAUCAGAAUUACAUGACCAGCAAAGUUUCCCUCGCUGCCACAGUAGCAGAACGAGUUCAAGGAGACAGUAAAAGUGUGGGGAUUUUGUCCCCUGUCAGACAAAUGGGGGGUGAGGGAACCCCGGUGAAAGGUAAACCCCUCUCUGCUGACACUAUGGAGAACCCUCAGAUGGCUAUGAACAAUAACUCCAAGGAUGGUGGUGCUGAUGACAGUGUUAAGGGGGUUGUCCCUGGAGUCCUUGGCACCGCAUCCAUUGAACUCUCCUCUGAGGGCAAGUGGAGGAACAUCAGGAAGACCCCUGCUAAUCCCCACACACAGGCCAACUGCCUCCGGCAGAUCCUCCUCCUUCAACUGGACCUCAUCGAACAACAGCAACAACAGCUGCAGUCAAAGGACAAGGAGAUAGAUGAGCUCAAAGCAGACAAGGAGACGCUGCUUGCUCGUAUUGAGCGCAUGGAGCGUCGCCUGCAGCUCACAAGGAAGGACCCGCCACGUGACAAGCGCCUCUUCCAGCCCCUGGAGCCAUGGACCCCCGACAAAGAGGACAUGUGGGAUCUGGACAUAGAGGAGAGUCCACAACCCAACCAAGCUGCUCCGCUCCCCUUUAGUCGAGGUGGCAAGGGUCAGAAGAGGAAAUCAUGCUUUGGCGAUCCAAAAGCCCAAAAGUCACGGGGUAAAAGUGCAAAGCUGAGUCCCCAGAAGCCUGAGCUCCAACCGGGCUCACCCAAUCAAAGAGAGCUGCGCAGUAAGGAAACCCCAGAGAGUACAGUCCCUCUGAGGUCAGGGGCAGACAGGGACAUUAUGCUCCCGUGCAAAGAGGAGCCUGAGCUGAGCUGUCAGAUGGACGAUCUGCCCUUCAUGUCGACUACAGAGAUGUACCUCUGUUGUUGGAACCAACCUCCUCUGUCCCCUCUGCGUGAGACUUCCCCCAAAAAGGAGGAAGAGGUGGCCAGUGAGUGGACUCCUCAUGUAGUACAUGAUAUGCUGAUUGUUUUUCCUUCGUGGAGAGAAAAUCCCAUCGAGCCCCUUGAGGAGGACGACGACUCCUGUACUCUCACUGAGCCGCUGGAUGAUGGUGUGUUUUUGAAACGCCACAUGAAGCUGGAGUUGGAUGAGAAGAGGAGAAAAAGGUGGGACAUCCAGCGAAUCAGAGAGCAGCGGAUGUUUCAGCGUCUGCAGCAACGUAUGAACAGGAAGAAGGUCGUCACAGAGACUGAGCCUGAGCUUUCAUCCUUCUACCCCGACACUGAAGAUGUUGAAACUAUAGUGAUCACUCCUUUCCUGCCUGUGGUUGCAUUCGGCCGGCCGUUGCCCAAAAUGUCACAACAGAACUUCGAGCUGCCCUGGCUGGAUGAUAGAAGCCGAUGUCGCAUCGAGGUGCCCAAAAAACACACACCCCACCGGACCUGUCGGAAGUGAACCCUACGUGGCAUUAACGGAUCAGAGACGCUGCUCCACGCCCAGAUAGAACACAUUACAUUUGUCUUGUCUCUGGGAGGAUCCUUUGAGAAGUUGCUACAUAAAUAUAUAUCUGCUGUUGCUUUCAGUCUCUCCGGUGUAAACAUGUCGCCACAGAUCAGCCCCUCCUACAGAAUAUCAUAAAAGCAGGAGGACGCUGCACCACUGGGUGUACUUGAUAUUUCAUUUACAGUUCUGAAAAGGGAGAUUAAAUGCUUGAUGCAACAAGAUUACAGUCCACGUGUUUGCAGCUUAACAGUUAUGUGCAUGUUCUGUGACAUGUUGUAGCAGCUGUGCCAUCCAAAAUACAUUUCCUCACAGAAAAGUGGAGUUUUGAAGCAUAAUCAGCUGACGGGAUAAAUGGGGCUCUGAGUCUGAGCUCACUCAUGUGGGCAGGAAAAAACAAGAAGUGUGCCACUUUGACUAAAAUUUAAUCCUGGAAGUUUAAGACUUGAUCAUUAUGGCUUCAACUUUUUGCUCUCAGUUGCACUCAUUCUUGCUUCUCAAGUAGAAAAAAGUCAAUCUGACUGUAUCGUGCUGUGUAUUGCCUAUACUUCAAUAAGAUUUUAUCAAUGUUCGGUGUGAUAUCAGGAGUUUUGAGCCACACUCAGCAUGAUUUCAUAUGGAAAAAAAAGCAUUUUAAGCCAAUCCAAUGUAAGAGAAAACUGAAGCAAACAUGAUUGUUCUGUGUUCGUGGUUAUCAAAACAGGCACAGAAAAUUUGAUUCCCAACGUUCUGUUCCCUUGUUAUAUUUCUUUUUGUUCCUAUGUGAGCUGCAUGGACUAGCUGUUUAAAAGGUAGCAUGGCUUAACCCCAGAAUGGAGAAUAAUCUCUGCUCAUCAGGCAACAAAAACAACAGAAUAUAGAUCUUAAAGCAUGACUUCAGCUGCUCUGUUCAGUGAAAAGUGCAGCCUCCUCAUAUCGCAAACUUCUAACAAAAGUACAGUCUUGAUCUUCAUUUUCGUGUUAACAAUCUUACGCUUACAUCCCGUAAGUAUUAGGCAACUUAUGUGUAUGCAUUGGUCUCUUGAAGGCGCCAAGAGAACCAUUUUAGACGAUAAAUAAGCUUUCUAGCUGUAGUUCUAGCGACGUUUGCUCUCUAACAUGCUGCCUGUUAACCUCUCCCUCCUCCUCUGAGUUAAUCUCACUCUACAAUCGCUGUUUGAUUUCUUUUCUCCCCCCCCCGCUGCGUUUGCUAGAAUCCUAUAUUUCAUGAUGAUGCAACGGCUUUCUGCAGCUUCUAACUGCCCGGCGUACGUGUAGGCAGAUGUUGGAAAUACAAAGUCGAUUUGUUUUACUGUACAUAGCUUUCAGAAACAAAUGUACAUAAAACAUGGCUGUUAUUUUUUUAUUAUUUAAUGUUGAAAGUGUUAAGUACAUUCAAUAUUGUUCUAUGAUUGUAUGUUGACAAAUUGACAGUUUUGAAAGUUAAAUUUUUUUGGAAUAAAAAUUAACAUGUC